UUAAAUUAGUCAGGAAAAACAAUUAUAACCAAUUACAAUAUAUGGUACAGGAUUUUUGUAGACGCGUCAAAACCUAAUUUACUGGACAAGAAUCACAUGCCAAACUCACGAAUUCGAUUUAAUGGAAAAUAUGGAAUGGAUAAUUGAAUUAAUGUUUGAUGACAUUAAAUUAAUGUUUAAUCCUGUCAUAGAAAGGAUUAUCUCUUUAAUUCAUAAACAACUUGAUAAAUCUCAUGAAAAUGGUUAUGAUAUUUGUGCUAUGAUGUUCUUAGUUGGUGUACCAAAUAUAUCUGUUCCUAUACAACCUGUCACCGCAGUUGUAAGAGGAGCCGUUCAAUUUGGAUUGGAAAAGGAAAUUAUAAAAACUCGUGGACCGACGUUGCAAAAAAAUAGGAACAAGGAGAUCCGAUUAAACGAAAACGUUCAGAUGGAAGGGUUCUUAAAUUUAGUAGAUUAGCAAAACGUGGUGACCAAGUGGCUGUUAAUGAGAAAAUUGUAAAAACUUAUUACCCACUUAAUAUAGUGUAAAAAAAACUGGGAUUAGAUAUAUAUGUUACAAGAAAAGAUAAUGCAACAUAUUGUGAUGAACCAGGUGUUGAAUUACUUGAUAGUUGGUGCGUUGAUAUACCCAAUGCAUCAAAGGAAAAUAGGGCCUACGAAUACACUUUGACUUUUGGAAAGGUUGAAAUUGAAGCUAUUGCUCAGGCCAAAACUG